UACAAAGUCACACCCCCAGCGGUCUCUGGGUCACCAGAGUUUGAAAGAAUAUUUCGUGCACAACAAAACUGUGUGGAGUUUUACCCCAUAUUUCUGAUUACAUUGUGGAUGGCUGGAUGGUAUUUCAAUCAAGGAUAUCAGAGCCCUACAGAUGGACUUCAGGUGUGUACCAGAGGGCUCUUGAAAUUGCUGAGGAAGAGCGAGGGUCCCUGAUGGUAAGGGAAGAUACUGAUAUUUUCUGUUGGACAAGAUGGCAGAGGAUCAUGCCACCCUUUACAUCUCUUUUAGGUUUUGCUACUUGUCUGGGACUGGUCUAUAUAUAUGCCCGUCACCAGUAUUUCUGGGGAUAUUCAGAAGCAGCUAAAAAAAGGAUCACCGGUUUCCGGCUGAGUCUGGGGAGUCUGGCCUUGCUGACGGUCCUAGGCGCCCUGGGGAUUGCAAACAGCUUUCUGGACGAAUACCUGGACCUCAAUGUUGCCAAGAAACUGAGACACUUCUGACGUUACCCCCUCCCUUUGCCCACAUGCUUGCAGAAGCUAUUUCUGCCCUGAAGGUCGUGUGGGGUCAACUGAUCAAUUCUUAAAAAGAAAAGUCUUUGUUUUGUUUUUCCUGAAAUGGCUUUGUAGGAACAUACCCACUAGAGAAUACAUUUCCUGUUUCAGAAUUAAAGUCCGCCCUGAGGGGAUAGAGCCACAUCCUCAGUGGAAGUACACAGGCUCUGGUUCUGGAAGCGUAUGCUGAAGUCGCGAUUGCUUAUGUGGGGAGAAAGCAGCCUGACCAUGUGCCGGGUUUUCUGUGGGGCCACCAUCAUCCCCUGCCUCUGAUGACUGUCCCACUUCUGUCUUGAUGGAACGUUCCAGACAGAUGCUGAUAAGGCAGCCGUGCUCACUUUAUUGGUUGUAGGAGAGCAACAUAUGGCUGCAUAUGGGGGACGUCAGGCAAACACGUAGAAUAGCCAGAGAAGAGAGUCAUCAACUAAUAGCACAAAACAAAUCUGGGUGCAAAAUUUACUUUUUAAAGAAAAAAGGGGGGGGCAUUCAUUUUUAAGGAACCAUUCAGAGACUAGUGUGCAGUGGAUGUCCUUGCCCCUGGCCAGGGGAAGGAGGGGCACCGUCACAGCUAGAGCUGGGUUCCGCUGUACGUCCUGUGUCCUGCAUGGUUUGGGGCCGGCAGCUCUUGUGACCCUGCAGUGCGGUCACUGUGUGGCACAAUGCAAAUGGUCCUCCUUUACUUUCUUCAUCUUCUUCUUCUUCUUUUUUUUUUUAGGAUUAUUUAUUUGAGAGAAUGCACAAGUAGGGGGAGCAACAGAGGGAAAGGGAGAAGCAGGCUCCCCGCCGAGCAGGGAGCCCAGAUGCAGGGCUCGAUCCCAGGACCCUGGGAUCAUGACCUGAGCCGAAGGCAGACGCUUAACGACUGAGCCACCCAGGCGCCCCUACUUUCACCUCACAGUCUUCAGGGACGUUAGGAAAAUGGAGUUAUGAGCACAGAUAACACAUUUUAACAUCCGGGAAAGGGCUCUUUGUCCAUUUUUCUAAAGAAAUCUGGACAGCCUCGAGUCUUUUAUGGGCAUCUUCAAGAAGCUGUUGACUGGGGGGGCACAAAGGAAGUUUUAAAGACUGAAUAAUAGGAAAAGAAAUAAAGGCAAUUAAACACCAGCGUUUCCAGAAUAGUGGGGAAGCGAUGACACUGCCCUGCACCCCACAUAGCGGUACUAAAUAUUCGCAAAUACACUGAGAACACAGCGGUCUGGGAAUGGGGCUAUCAGGAUCCUACUCACUGGCUGUUUGCCUUCGAGUAAGGCACCUCAGCAAUAGGGGCCGUGCAGUGAAGAAGUGACGCCCGGAGCCAGACAACACUAACCUCCCUAUAGCACAUGCUGGGGCCUCCUACUGCGGCUCUUCGUGGCUCUCGGCCUCCGUUUUCCUUGGGCAAAAUGGGGCUUCCCUCACUCUAAAAUGCUGUGUUUCUCUGGCCUUUUGGCUUGUUAGUAUUCUGAUCAGUUACAGUGACUUGUAUGGUGACAUUUAAUUGUUUUACACAUUGAAGACAAUAAGGAAGAAAGAAUGCAAAUUUCUGACCCCGAAGAACAAUCACUGCAUAAUCAUAUCCUUCUGAAGUGGGGAAAAGAACACUCGACUUUUCCCAAUCUUGCACUUGAGGAUUUACAAACAAUUUCUAUUUUGCAUCUAAAUUGGAGCUAUUUAAAAAGGUAAACUACAGGGGCGCCUGGGUGGCUCAGUCAGUUAAGCAUCUGCCUUUGGCUAAGGUCAUGACCCCAGGGUCCUGGGAUCCAGCCCCGCAUCAG